AUGUCGACUCAGCCUUUGUUGCAGCGUACAGCCCAGAAGCGGAUUGCCCUCCCUGUGCGGGUGGAGCCCAAGGUGUUCUUUGCCAACGAACGAACAUUCCUCUCAUGGCUGCACUUUACGGUCGUUUUGGGUGGAUUGGCUGUUGGUUUGCUAAAUUUUGGUGACAAGGUCGGAAGGAUCAGCGCCGGAAUGUUUUCCCUCGUUGCUAUUGCGGUUAUGAUUUACGCAUUGGUCACCUACCACUGGCGAGCGGCGGCGAUAGCGAAGCGUGGAUCCGGUCCGUAUGACGAUCGUCUUGGCCCGACAAUCCUUUGCAUUGCACUUCUUGCUGCUAUUGUUGUUAACUUUAUCUUGAGAUUUACAGAGGCAUGA